AUGAAAUGGCUAAUAUCAAGCAGACUGCUUUCUGUUCCGAAAAGAGAGAUACUGGAAAGAUACAUUCCGGCGACUUCUCAUGAGUUUCUACUAAAUAUAAAUAGUCGUCAUAUUCCGGCUCUCGGUGUAAUUUGGUCAAGCCUACUCCUUGACGCGCCUUCUGCAGCCACAUGGGUAGAUUGCCUGAUAAAAAUGGAGUCAGUACACCAUCUUCCAAGCGCACUCUUCUUACUAUCUUGCAUCGGUAUUUCUGCGGCCUUCAUCUGGAAGUUUCUCAUCCACCCCGUGUAUCUAUGUCCGUUGGCCUCGGUUCCUGCGGCACAUCCUCUGGCCAAUGUGACCCCUCUUUGGAUCCUAUGGCAGCGCUUCCGGAGACGGGAGUUUGAAAUUGUCACCGCGGCGCUAAAGAAGUUUGGCCCUUAUGUUAGACUUGGUCCCGCAGAGCUAGCGAUGAAUUCCAAGUCUGAUAUGAAUGACGUGUAUGGGGUGGGCAGACGCAAUUUCGACAAACACGCAAGCUAUGAUGCCUUUAUCACUCACGGACAACGAAACAUCUUUACGGCGCUGUCUCACGAACAUGCCGUGCCCCGACGUCGCAUCGCGCCAAUAUACGCGCGCAAAUUCGUGCAGGCCAAUGCACAUGUCCGCGCCAUACUACACACAAUGAUUUAUCAACGAAUGUUGCCCAUUCUCAAUGAUGCAUCGCAGUCAGCCACACAAGCCAUCGACAUUCUCCCCAUGCUGCAGUCGUACACUAUCGACUUUACCGUAGCCUUUGUCUUUGGCCUGUCGCGCGGCACCAACUUCAUGCUCGACGCGACGGCGAGAGACGAGUGGCUCGAGGCAUAUGUCCUGUCUUAUCCCGCCGACUGCAUGUUCUGGCUACAGGAAUGCGCUGCGUUGACUAGAUUUGUGCAGUACCUGGGCCUGGGAGACUGGCUGUUGCCGAAAGGUCAUGACGCGGCGCGCAAGUUUCUGGACGACUGGACCCUGGAGAGAAUGAGACAGGCUGAAUACGUGUUCCAAUGCAACGGGGAGUCUGGCAGUAGUUUUGAGAGCGGCGAUUUCCCAAUCUUGUACGACACUAUCAAAGCGGGGUUUGCCAAAUCUGCUGGACUCGACGAUUGCUUUGCACCUGACGCUCAGCAAGAACUCGAACUUGCGAGUGAGUGCUUCAAUCAUAUCCUCGCUGCCAGAGACACAUUUGGCAUAUCAUUUACAUAUAUUUUGUACAAAAUAUCGCAAGAUUUUAGCGCUCAGGGAGAACUUCGCAAAGAGCUCAUUUCCAUCGAAUCGCCAGUCGUCGACAGCGAUACCCGAUUCGUGCUGCCCGACUCCCGCAAGCUUACCGAUCUACCCCUCCUGAACGCCGUCAUUCACGAGGGCCUACGUCUACGGAAUAACAUGCCCGACGCGGAGCCACGCCUCACGCCUCGUGGCUACCACAGCUCAGAUAUUGGCAGCCUGCGCCGUCUGCCGCCUGGUAUCCGCGUAGGGGCCUACUUCUGGACACUGCAUCGCGACGAGGCGGUGUUCCCGAACCCGGAAACCUGGGAUCCGAGUCGCUGGAUGGGGGCCGACGACAAGAAUAAAAACCCAAACAAGUAUAUGUAUGCUUUCGGUCACGGCAGCAGAGGCUGCGUCGGACAGCAGCUAGCCAUGGAGCUCAUGCGCUAUGCCAUAGCAGCGAUUUACACAAACUACAGGACAUCAGUGGCCGACGAAAGCGAAUAUCCAGGCGACGAGGGCUUCGUCGGGGGGGACUGCCGCGAAAAGCUGUUUCUCCGUUUCGAGCCGAUUGUUAGUCUGUAG